CUAGGCGGUCCCGUCAGCGCCUGCCACCCCAGGUCACAGGGGGUCCGACCUUUCGGCCAUUCCGUGCAGAGCUGUGGCGGCGCCUGUCAGCCGGGUUACCAUGAAUGAUAUCACUGUCCUGAGGAUAACACAGAGAGAUAAAAAACAGAUGGUGCUUGAAUGCCAGCAAACACAGGGACCAUACGCUGCCAGGUUUUGUCAUGCAAUGAUACCAGAUUACUUGCUACCAGCAUGGCGUGGUAAAGUGUCCUACCAUGGAGGAUGGAAUAAAGCUGCUCUCCCCAAAAACCUUCUGCAAAGGCUUUUAAAGUACCUCCAGUUUGUGGCUGUGAAUCUGAAGUUCUCCAUUUGGACCUGUGGCUUCAGGGAAAUCCUAUGGAGAAUCCAGAUAACAAGACAGAGGUCGUUCUGCUGGCCUGUGGUUCUUUCAAUCCAAUCACCAACAUGCACCUGAGGCUGUUUGAACUGGCUAAAGACUACUUGCAUGAAACAGGAAAAUACAACGUAAUCAAAGGAAUCAUUUCCCCAGUGGGUGAUGCAUAUAAGAAGAAGAGUUUGAUCAGCGCCAAUCACCGAGUAACCAUGGCAAAGCUUGCUACAGAAAGCUCAGACUGGGUGCAAGUUGAUGACUGGGAAAGCAGCCAGAAUGAAUGGCUGGAGACACUCAAAGUUCUAAGAUACCAUCAUCAGAAACUUGCAUCUUCUACUCCUGCUAACAGCCUGCAGGACGCUGUACCUCUAAUAAAGCCAGGCCGAAAGAGAAAACAGGAAGCCAAUAGAUACAUUCCUGCUAAAAAGUAUCAACUGAGUCCAGAAACAAAAGGUGUCCCACAGCUGAAACUGCUCUGUGGAGCUGACAUGCUGGAGUCCUUCGGAAUCCCCAACUUGUGGAAGCUGGAAGACAUCACUGAAAUUGUGGCAAACCAUGGCCUUGUCUGCAUAACUAGAGCUGGAAACAAUGCACAGAAAUUUAUCUAUGAAUCUGACACGCUAUGGCAACACAAGAAUAACAUUCACCUGGUAGAAGAGUGGAUCACCAAUGACAUCUCUUCCACCAAGAUCCGGAGAGCACUGAGGAGAGGACAGAGCAUCCGUUACCUGGUCCCUGAUGCAGUCCGGGCUUACAUUGAAAAACACAACCUGUAUAGUCCAGAAAGUGAAGACAGGAAUACUGGAGUUAUUCUGGCCCCUUUACAGAAACAUGCUAGGGGGUGUAAGCAGGAACAGACACUGUAAUCUAGCCUGUCUUUAUGCUGUGAAAACCCUAUGCUUGAACAUGGGAAGAUGUUUAAUCUCUCCUAGUAAAUCAAGUCUGAUUCUGUAGCCCUUGUACAUAUGUAAGUACCAUUGAAUUCAAUGGGAGUUUUGUGCGUAUGGGGCUUAAGCUUGUACAGCACAGGCCUUGUCUUAAAAAAAUAAAAAAAAGUAUGUUUUACCUCAGGUUAGCUAACAUGCAUGAGCUAUCCUGAGGUAAAAACACAGUGAGGACAAGGCACUUAGUUUUACCAUAAGAUAAACUAGGAACGGUCAGCUCUGUUGACCUCACCAAGGGUAUGUCUACACUUCCCAUAUUACAGCACAGCCGUGGCAGCGCUGUGAUGUGGCCAGGUUAGUCACACUUUAUCACCAGGGGAGAGCUCUCCCGGUGAUUUAAAAAAAAACACCCCAAAUGAGCGGUGGUAGCUUUAUCGCCCAGAGUGCAGCUCCUGGCGAUAAAGUGCUGUCUAUACUGUCGCUUUUCAGUGCUAAAACUUUUGUUGCUCAGGGGUGUGUUUUUUCGCACCCCUGAACGACUAAAGUUUUAGCUCUGAAAGUGGCAGUGUAGACACAGCCCUAGUCUACCUCACAGUAAAAGGGUAUGUCUACACAGCCGACAUUAAAGCGCUGCCGCUUUAAUGUGGCUGUGUAGUCAUGGCUCCAGAGCUGGGAGAGAGCUUUCCCAGCGCUGUAAUAAAACCACCCUCGUGAGGGGAAUAGCUCCGAGCACUGGUAGCACAGCUCCAAGCACUGGGAGCUGUCUACGCUGCCACUUUACAGCGCUGAAACUUGCAUCGCUCAGGGGUGUGUUUUUUCACACUCCUGAGUGAAGAAAGUUUCAGCGCUAUAAGUGGCAGUGUAGACAAGGCCUAAAGUAACUUGUCUUCUCAGUGUUUUUACCUCAGGGAUAGCUGACACUCGUUCAUUAUCCUGAAGUUUAAGAAUAGACCUUUUUUAGCAGUGAAAACAAGGCCUUAGGAGCUUGAUUCCUCCAUUGUCCUUUACCUUGUCAUUUACAGUUGUGCAAAUUGAGAGUGAAGUGGGUGCAGAAUGCUGCCACUCAGCUGUGCUGCUGUUUUACACUCACUUUGCACAUGAACAGCAACAAGAGAUGCUAGACAGUGGAGAAGCAGGCCCUGCAAUUAUGCAUUUUAAAGGGGAAUCAUUAAGUGCUACAAUUUGAUACCUACAUCUGAGCAUAAUGAAAUGAAACAAAAGGGGUUUUACAAACUCUGAUGUUACAGAUAUCUUUGACUAAAACUUUAGUCAUUCAGGGGCGUGCUGCUGUAAGCUCACUGGUGUAGCUGCUCUAAGCCGACAGGAGAGAGUUCUUCUAUUGGGCUUAAUUACUCUAGCCCCCAGGAGCAGCGGCAGCUAUGUCAGUGGGAGAAGCUUUCCCAUCAACAUAGCACUGUUCACACUGGCACUUAAAUCAGCAUAAGUUAUGUCACUUGAGGGGUAGCUAAUUCAGACCCCUGAGUGACAUAAUUUAUUUCAAUUUAAGCUGCAGUGUACCUAUAGGCCAGGCACUAGUGCAUUAGAACCAGAAAGUGAAAUUAACUAGAAACAGAAAGCAAAAUUAACCUAUUUAGUUUGGCUGUUCAAACUGAGUGACCUGUAAAGUGAUAAACGACACAACUGUUCUGAACACUUUACUGUGUUAUAACAAAAGACAAAGUCAUUUCAAGGCAAAGUUACACUUUCUUCCACUGUCAUGUGUAUUAACCGAAAGCUUGGGAAUGUCUGCUCAUGAAAAUGAAAAAAAAAUUGUUACAGUUCCUCCUAUCACUGCUGCAUAGUAAUUAGCAUACUCCAAAAUCUGGAGUAUAUAAUAGUCUGAUUCAUUUUAAAUAUAUAUUGUUCCUACUGUAACUACAGCAUAAAGCAAAGGACAAUAAGAAAGAUUACAAAUCACAUGCUAGAAUAAUUUUACAUUUUAGCACCAGCAGCAUAGUCACAGCUGAGUGGUUUAAAUGAAGAGCAGGAUGAGGCUAGGUUGGGUUUAUAUAUAAAUGCAGUGAAUAACUUUAUUUCUGUGUUUCCCUGCCAGGGGUCUAGGGCUUUGAAAAAUAUUUGAUGCUAAUCAGGAGCAGGAAAUUAUAUAAUAAUUGCCUUAGUCUAAGAGUAACCCUAUUCUUCAUGAAAGGACAGCCCAGAUUCAGAAACUGGGCCCAGCUACUGGUUUAAUGGCUAAAGGUUAAGAACAGUGUCUUUGUGCACAUUAUUCAGUUGGGCCCUUUCUUUGAAAUGAGGAAUAAGAUUUGUGAGACAUUUGAUUUCUGAGCCAGAAUUUCUAUAACUGGAGGGGAGGAAGGGUAAGGAGAUACUAGGGCUCCAAUGUAAUCUACACAUGUAAUUUUUCUUUCCUAGAAGUCUGGUUCUGAAGUGAGCAUAGCAAAUUGUGUGUGUAAGUUAGAACAACCCUAUAAAUGUCAUGCUGAUGAUUUCUACACUCCUCUCUCUCCAUUUUGUGUGUGAAUUAAGUGCCUUAUCAAAAGUUACAGGGCUUGAGGAGCUAUUAUUCAGAUAGUAUGAGAACUGUUGAACUGCAUCCUCCACAACAGUGGUCUGUCAUACUGACCAGAUCAGAUGUGCUAUCAGAACCUGAGAUUCUCAGUGCUCUGGACAAGGUGAGCAAUGCAUGGCAUCUCCACAUGUACACAAAAAUGCUGGAAUUAAUGUAUGCUUUAGAGCCUCUGUGUGCUGCUGCUAGUUCCAGUUUGCAACCAUUGGUUUCUUCAGAGCAUGUAUACUGUAUUUAAAAAAAAUCUUUGUGAUAAAGUGAGCACAUUACCUUAAAGUGCACUUCUGACUCUGAAACAUGACUGAAAUUGGCACUAAGAGGUUCCAUGUUUAUUUCUUCUCAAUGAUUUCGAGAUCAAAUGUGAUCUGUUUAUAAUUAAAAAUGUUUGUUUCUCACUGGCAGCUAUGCAAACUCACCUUGGACUUUGAUAGUCAAGCUAGGUUCUUUGUAGCUCACGCAUCAUCAUGGGUAAUAAAGAUACUGUAGGCCAAAUCAGUGACAUUUGGGCAGUCCCACUGCCUUAACUGGGCUAACAGAUUGGAAUUUUAGUAAACAAUUCUACUGAUAAUGCCCAGGAAAGAACAGAAUUCACCUCUCUCUCUCUCUCUCAGCUAUGUUGGUUCUGCAGGGCUGACAGGAAUAAAAAGCAAUAAAGAUGUAGUUUAGUCAUUAAAGUCAUCUGAUGUGACCCGGAAUACACAAGCAGAACAGAUAUUUUCUGUGAGAGAGUGCUGUUUAUAGUUACCUUUCAGAGUAAAAUUGCACUUUAAGUCUGAGAUUUACUUUGUAAAUCAUGAUGCCAGUGUGUUUUGUGAUAAUUUAUUUAUAUAAUUCAAGAGAAGCAUUGUGCACUAAAUAGAAUGCUCUGUAGUGGCCUGGUCUACACAUGUUAUAUUUUGCUGGUCUUUGAUGCAGUUAUGUGUAAUAGGUGUUUAAAUAAAAAUGUUGGUGAUAA